UUGAUACGCGUUUAAAUAAUUCAAAAGCCGCCUUUAAAAAUUCGCAAAGUCAUCCCUUUUCCGCGAUUUCGUCGCAACAAUCCUGACGGAUUAUUCUCCGCCAUCCUCGCCCGGCUCCUUUACAUCCGAUCGACGCUAUUCUUGGAUUAAUUCCGCCCAAAGUCGUAGGACGAACUUCGUUUUCGCCCUAGCUAGUUGUUUCGGAACAAUUACCCGCGACGACGAAACAGCGUCGAAACUUAAAACGACAAACGCACAAUGCCUCGAACGUAAACUUUUCUAAUUAAUCCCGAAACUUAUCGAAUUUGUUAACGCGGGGCGCCCCCACGGGCGACUAAUUAACUAACCGAGAAACGCGCGGACCACCGAAAUCCGCGAUACGUCAGUCAGAGCUCGAGACGAGCGGUGGUCCGUGUCGCGCGCGCCCCGCUGUUAUUACCGAACGUCGAACGAUAUUAAUAAUUGUUAUCGUUGCACCUUGAACGACACUCGAAACGUGCAUUAAAGCGCCCGGCCGCCGAAUUUGCACAAGGCAGGCGCGCAUUCGAUCAAACCCGCGAUCCGAGCCCGCCGCGAUGCAAGUCAGCUGCUACGGACGAGGAAGCCAGUCGCGCGCCACCAACCGUCGAGUCGAGAAGGUUGCGUAAGCGCUCUCGAUCUCUGGGCUCGCGUACUUCGUAGCCGCGUCAGUUUUCGGCAGUUCGGGCGCGUUUGUGUGUGUUUUUACGUUCAGUCGCGAUCUGUUUUGUGCGUUAUGUGAUUUUGGACCGCGCGCGAGAGCCUGGUGUAAUAAUUAUGUGUGACAAUAAUUGCGUUAUCGAGGGAACCGUCAAAUUUCGCGACGGCAAAAAGUGGAAGUCCAGAUGGUGCGUCAUGCGAAAAUUGUCACCAGUCGCAGACUGUCUACAUCUGCAACUCUAUCGGGACUCGAAGGACCGCUACAAGCAGGGCCAGACCAAAGCGUCGCUCUCCCUGGAGCAUUUCCUCGGCCUCGAGACCGGGUUCACGUUAGACAAGGAGUCCCACACGGUGGCCAUCUUGUGCCAGGACGUCGUGGUGGUGCUGGCGUUCGAUAACCGCGAGCGCCUGAUGCAGUGGCAGGUCAAAUUGAGUUCGCAUCUAAACGACGGACCGCAUUUUUUGGUGCUCGUUUCGAGUUCGCCCCCCAAAUCGAGGUUACCCCCCGGUCCCGCCCGCCUCCACGUGCAAGAACGGGGCUUCUGCUUGACGACGGGCGUGCCGCCCCGCGUUGCGGGCCAAUGGCAGAUCAGCGAUUUGAGACGGUACGGCGUGGUGGAGGGCCGGUUCUGUUUCGAGGGCGGCUCGCGGUGCCUCAAAGGCGAAGGCCUAUACGUCUUGAUAGCCGACCAAGGCGAGGAGAUUAUGUCCACCCUCAAAGUGGCCGCUACCGGUAACCUGCAUUCGUCCAGAAAGCGUCCGGUGUCCAGAAAUAUGUCCGUAAUGGACAGUCCCGCCCGCAGACCACCAUUACGGCCUUGCGGGGGCGGGGGGUUGGAUUUAAGCGAAGCUUCGUUGAUAUCGCGCGCGGAUUCUCCCUAUACGGACCUGGAGAGUAACUACGGAUGCGGCGACAGCAUUUCCAACGACGGCUGGAACCAACAUCCGAUGGAACGAUGUAUGAGUUGUAUCAGUAAGCUGGGCGCCAUGUCCAGAUCGUCUACGGCGACGGUGACGGUGGGCCCCACGUGUUGGGAGCACACGUGCGACAGACAUUCGAUCAGCAGCUCGAGCGAUAGCUCGGGAUGGAGCCAGGCCGUUACGAAGCCCCCGGCCAGACCCCCAAAGCCGGGGUCACCGGCGUCUGUCAAGAAACCGCCGCCCCCGCCGUCCUACGAUAACUACGACGUCCCGAAAAUACCCUAUCCGGUGACGGAACCGAAACAGGACGAACAUUACGACACUCCCAGGAAGCUCAGAGAGUGCGUGACCGGCUUCGAGACGGUGCAAAAGGCGUGCGGAUGCAUAUUACGCGUGCGCCAACCGGAACCGGAACGUCCGUGCGUCUGUCAACGGCUCAUGUCGUGCUGGACCGCCCCCGAUGACGUUCACGCCGUUUACGCCACCGUCGAUUACAGCAAGAAAACGUAUAGAAACCUUCAGAACGCCGCCGCGGGCGUCGCCAACUACGCCAACUUGACGCCCGCGACGGCGACGACGACGCAGCAGCCCGCGUCCAAUUACGAAAACUUCGAGUUCGCUCAAACGCUUCAGCUAUACGAAAACGGCAGGGAAAUCGGGGAGAGGGCGAGGGCGUUGCUGUGCGCGAAAUGCGGCCACGCGCAGGACCAGGAUUACCUGAUGAUGGAACCCGCGAAACAGCCCAACAACCAGCCGCAUCCCGGCUACAUCCCGAUGUCGCCGGCGGUAAAACAACGUCUGGGCAAAGUGUUGUCCAACAGUAACCCGAAUCUGGGCCCCGCCCUCGAUCGCUCGACCAAACCUUCCGGUUCCGCCAUGCUGCACACCAACAUCUAUCAGCGCAAACAGCUGAUGGACUCGACCGAUAAUCUGGACAACGUCAGACGGAAAAGGUCAAACAGCGCCGAUUCCAGCACGAGCCGCGUCGAACCGGAACCGGAACCGGAAAUCGCGUCUCCGUGCAGAUGCGCGCAAACCCAACUCGUGCGCAGAUCGUCGAGCGUGCCGUGCAAAAGCAACAGGGAUUCGUCGAGCUCGAACGAUUCGGGCGUGUUCGAGCUGCCGCGCAGGGCGCAGAUCUGCGCGAACGUCACGCUACCGCGCAGGUCCAAAAGUUCCGACCCGCUGCGCGAUCUUAGCUUUCAGUUCAACAAGGCCACGGCGGACGUCAAAUCGGCGAGCGCGGAAGCGGAAGUUCCGGUCUGCCCGAACGGCAGCACCAGCAGCGGCACGUCCGACAUGUCCGAUUACUUCGAAACGCUGUCGCUGUCGUCGAGUUCGAGCGACGCGGCGGCGGGCGUCGCGCCGCCGCCCAGCUGCACGCUCCGCCCCCGUUCCGGCAACGAGUACCUCAGCCUGCAGCGGCUGAUCGCGCCAGUGCCGGAAGAACGGCACUAAAACACCGAUCGCCCUGUAUAUACGCGCGAAAAACUGUCCAUAGGUUUAUACAUAUACAUAGCGUCGUUCAAAAACGAAUUAAUUAGAGGUAUACAUAGCGUCUGGAUACUUAUAUAGGGUCGUAGUAGGGCCAAAGCAGUAUACACACACUUAUCGGUAUAUAUAUACAUAUUAUGUCUAUAUGAUUGCGUAAUCGUCACCCCCCAAACCCCCAUCUCCCCCCCUGUAUAAAGGUAUACUGUAUUUACUUUGCAAAAAUAAAUUAUUCGAUAUAACGU